AUAUCCUAUUCCCCUCUGUUCCAGUAUGAGCCCUCCAGGGCUGUAGACGCGCCCCAGCUGGAGACAUGUUCUAAGGGCAGCAGCAGACCUGCACUGUGGCCACCAUGAAAGGGUUAGGAGCCAAUCGCAGCCGUCACCUGUCGGACUCCUGUGAGCCAUCGGGCGGCCCCCAGAAGCCCCUGUACCCGUUGACCUCUGACCCCCAUGGUCCCUUCCUCCUGAGCCCCACCAUGAACCACUACGGCACCCUGGACCCCCACCAACUCCACCACUACCAGGCCUCCAACCCCCAAUCCCUGCCUCCGGAGUGCCUACUGCCCCUGAACCAGAUGUCCAACAGCAGCACCUUCCCCCGCCUCCAUGUCACCUCCCAACCGGAACAGUCUGACUACUCCCAGGGCUGCAUGGUCCCUGCCGGGGGUGGGCCUGGUGGCAGCCGGGUGGGCACCCUGUCCACCUCCAUGUCAAUGGGCAUGGGCCUGGGUUUCAGCGGGGCUCCCAUGAUCACAAGUGGAUCAGCUACCAUCUCUUCUGCGGCAGCGGCCAAGAUGAACCGGCUGCCAUCUAACCUGCUAGACCAGCUGGAGAAGCACCUGCCCCUGCAGAGGGAUGGCUUCAGUACCCUCCAGUUCCACCGGGGCAGGGUGGCCAAGCAGCGCAGCGAGAGUCCCGGACGCAUCCGGCACAUCAUGCACUCUGUCCAGAAGCUAUUCAACAAGUCCCAGUCGCUGGAGGGCUCUACGGUCAAGGGCAGCAUGAACAACACUACAGGAGGAGGUGAGGAGGGGACCAGGCAGACCCGCAGGAGUAAGAGUAAAGACAGGGCUAAGACUGAGACGUUGAAGCAGCGACCUAGCAGGCAAAAUGCACUGGGGCUUUGGAGCUCAGACGAUGCCCUGGACAGUGACACCACCACCAAAGCUGGCACUAUCGCUGUGGGCUACCGUAACCCACUUAGCAUGAUGACCCUGGGCAGGGCGGUGUCGGACAGCCAGGCUCCUCCCAGGCACCUCCCACAUGGCUACAACACAGUCUCUGCCCACACACUCAAGGCCUCCAAGAGCAGCAGCGACCUCAAGUACCUGGUCUGCCCGCAAGCGCUGACAGGGACCAGGGGAGGGGAGCUGGUGGGAGGAGGAGGCAGGGAGAGCACCCUGGUAAAGCGAGGCUCCUGGUCCACACUGACCCUCAGCCAGGCCAGGCAGGUGCUCCAGAAGGGCUCAGCCACUGUCAACAGGACGCUGCUCAAAUCUAAGUCGUGUCACCAGGACCUGACCUGUCAGUACCUCCAGGUAGGAGGCCCAGUGAGUAUUAUUCACAUUAGGCACUAGCAGCCACUGCUCCCCCUAAUUCUCUGAAAUUAGGAGAUUUGUUUUAAAACCUCAUUAAUUUCAAUUACUUUUAACUACUUUAGCAGCAUCGUGACAUUUACUGUCUAUAAUCCCAUUAUUCAAAUGCUUUCAUUACAAAUACACACAACACAUUCACGUGAAAUGAAAUGACACAUUCAAAGUCUGUCGCAUUAAAGGUCCAAUGCAGCCGUUUUUUAACUCAAUUUCAAAUCAUUUCUGGGUAACAAUUAAGUGCCUUACUGGCCAAAACUCCAUCCCACCAAAACAGGCUGAAAUUUCACUAAAAGGGCAUAUUAUUAUUUUCACAAUUUCACAGUAUUAUUCCAACCUCAUAGUGUGGAAAUAUAUGUAAAACACAGAGAAACCACGUUUUUGACUACACUGGGUCUUUAAACUAGUUUAAAGGCUGUCUGAUAAAGUGGAGAUGAAGGUGUGGUGGCUCAGUGAGUCACAGUGGGAUGGUGUGUGGCCCCAUACUGUCUGUAGGUUCCACUGGGGGACUGGAGUGCUACGCUGGGGGGCCGGGGCCGGCUCAGGGGCCUGGAGAUCCCCUGUCGGAGGAUGCGUAGCGGCAGCUACGUCAAGGCCAUGGGGGACGUGGACCAGGACAGCGAGGAUUCAGAGGGAAGUCCUAAACCCUCGCCCAAAACAGCCGCCCGCCGCCAGAGCUACCUGAAGGCCACCCAUCAGUCCCUGAGCGAGCAGCAGCCUCCACCACCACACAAGUGAGAGAGCCAGACACAAGAGGAAAUAUGCAUGUAGAUCAUACUGUAGUUAAUACUGUUUAGAUACUGUAUGUCUCUGAAGAGGAGUUAAUUUUCCUUAGCAAUCUAUGUCAUGACAGAACAGAUAACAUGGGAAACGUAUUCUUAUAUAGAGAAGUAGCUACACACCCCGCAUGGAAACCUGUCUGCUCUGAGAGUGAAUCUGAGAGUGAAUCUAAAAUAACUGAAUGAAAUUAGUGGUCACCACAAAUGGACAACAGGGGGCAGCAUCCUGACACUGAUGUGGAACAGUUACUACAGUAUGUAUGCAGGGUAGAACCUGCAGGCUGCAGCAGACCCCUGUUUACAUUUACAUUUUAGUCAUUUAGCAUAUCAGGAGUAUAUACAACUAUCAGUGUAACAUGUUCUUAUGGCCUGUUCAAUUAUAGAAAAAGGAAAUCACCUACCAACAACAGGUAACCAAAAGUUUCCAUUUGAGGUAAAAAUGUGAAAUGUUUUGUCAUGUUCCCCACCACCCACACCGGCAGGCCCCGCGGCUACGCACCCAUGCGGGAGGAUAAUGGGGUACUGUGGUCUCCACUACAGAGUGCAUGCUCAAUGCAGCAUUUGGCCAGGUCAGUGUCCUAGGGAGGGAGGCAGCACCGCCCUCCAGUCACAUGCCCACCGCUGCUGCCACUUCUCUAACCAACCCAGUGCUUUGUCCUGUUCCCCUGCCCACAUCCCAUAUAUUACCAAUUGCUCUGAGUGGUGUGUUAGUAUCCCAGCCACUCCUGUCACGUCUCUCAUCAUAAGCCACUGAUCCCCCAUACAAACCUCUACCACCCACACCCUCCGCCCCGGCACACACAUUCCCACUAACAGGUGCCUCCUCGACAGGCAACUCAGAACAGAGGAAACAAUCUCUCUGUCUCAGCAGAUUCCAUUGAUGAUUACAAAGCAAAAAAAUAACUCAAAUUCUCUCCCUUUCAUUUUGAUGUUUACUGACGACUCAAUGUUUCCUCUGUGCUGUCAUUUUGAUACCCAACUAUUCUCCACUAUGCUAUCCUCUCAUCUCGCUGGUAUUUGAUCUCACAAAAUCACAAGAAGUUUGGGGAAGUUCAAAGCAUCCGCUGAAAAUGGAUGCUCCGGUACCAGCGGUUCUCAUCAACCCAAGAUGUCAUGUAUCCUCCCCACCCUUCAUCCAGGUCUUUUCCUCACUGUUGAGGGGUUAUUUCGGCAGCUAAUUCUCCCCUCUACCCCUGUAGCUGUCUCCCCUCCCUGAGAGAGCUCUCCACCAAUCGGAGCCUGGACAACCUGGACUCCCUGGUGAGCCCGGGCGAGCCCCCGAUGGCCAUGCAGCACUGGGACGAUGGCAGAUACUACCACCAAGGCUAUGCUACCCUGGGCAGGGCCAUGAUGAGCAGUGGUCAGGUAUGUACUGUAAAUCCACAAUCUCUAUUCACUCAUUACACUCUUUAUCAGGGUCUCAAACAGGCCUGUCAGUGUGUGGGAAUAAUAUCCCCAUACAACAAACACAUCAUAACAGUGUGACAGAUACAUGUAGGCGUAAUUAACUAAUAAAGGUACUACUGUAUUAAAUGAAUUAUUCAUAAAGAAUGCCCUCAGCCAGUGCAAAGACCUUCAGUGUUGACAAGCCUGAAACAUCAACCAGAAAUGAGUGGGAUGUUGACAGCCGAAUCCUCAAUUUCUGUGACUGCAGGCAGGGAUAGAACAUUUCAGAUUAUGUGUGAGACGCUGGUUGGUUAAACAUCCAGUAAGCCAGAAGAGACAAGAACAGGAAUGAUGCUUGAAAGUAAUUUUCAGAAGUUAAGACUGGGACAUGAGCCUCCUUCUAAUCCUGAGGACAUUCUGUUUUUAUCAAAACCAGCAGACUCCUUUCAGAUGGAACCUCCGGCACCACCUUUGCUCAUGGAGUUAAAAUGGCAUAAUAUUACAGAUGACAGCAAUGGAAUUCCCCUCUUUACCUCACAGGAAGCGUUUUUUUACUAUCAAAUCAUAUUUCACUAAUUUAAUUUGGGAGAUGACAAGAAAAUCUGUUUUGGGACAAAAGCAAGUAUUUUCUGAAUGAACUGCAACGUUUUAUCAGGAUUGAUAUCUGAUGGAUUACAAUGGCUGCCUUAGCAGGAGAACAGGCUUCAAAGGAUCUGCAUUGUUGUACAUGGAGGUAAAUGCGCAUAAAAUCAAAUAACGGAAAGGUUGGAACACAUCGAUGCCUUUUGCUUGAAGUAUUUUCAUUGGGUAUAAAAAGGAGUACAGACAUUAUCAGCUUACAUGCUCAAAUUAUAGACCGGAAAGAUGGUUUCAAGAUGGUAAUAAUCAUUCCAAAACCAUGAUGAAAAGUAUUGCAAGAUUCCAAAGGAUCAAAUAACGGAUAAGCAGCAACCAAGGAAAACGCUCUUAUUUGUAAAAAUAAUGGAACUGGUGUGAAGUUUCAUCAUUUGAUUUAAAUAAAGUUUCAGAAUGGAUUUUGAAUACUGAGCAUCCCUGUUACAUUCCCUUUCUUUAUUGGGGGACACAAUGAUGACUAUGUGCCAACUCUGGCACCAGCCUCCUCCUCCUCUCACACUGAAAUGAAAAGCAGGAUAAACAAACAGAGACUCCACCUGCUACCAACAUCAUUAAACCCUCGAACAUCACAGCAGCCUGGCAUAGAAGACUGGGGCGUAAUAGACCAUCAUUGUUCCGCCUUCUCCACUCUAGCACUGUUUGAACAGUGAAACAAGCCCUUAUCGCAAGGUGGACUGGUGAAGUUGACUCAGCUGGUCUGUCGCUACAAUACCUUGUCCCUGUCCAGCCUAUCCCUGGCCUUGGGCUAUACAGCUGUACUAAAAUAUAUUCCUGCUGGUGAAUCUGCUGUUGUGGGAACAUGUCAUGUUAUCAACGCCGGAGACUGGAAAUGUCCUACACCAAUAAACGUCUUGUAGAUCAUUAGCACCGCUGAACUGAGCAAAAUCAGACACCACCACCACCACUACGACUAUGAUGUGGAGAGAGUAAACAGCUUGUAGUGGGAGGCUGCUGGUGCCUCAGUAGCAGUGAUUGCAUUAGCUCCUGGCAUGAGGAGUAAAGUUAAAUCUGACGCUGCUGGCUUAUCAUCACUGAUUAAACAUUCUGUGUGGUAUUUCACAUUAGAUACAGUACAGUGAGUACACCGAUUUUCAGGGGACACAACUCAAACAGAAUAUUGAAAUAAUGAGACGUAAUCAACAUGGUCACUUCAGUAGCUUAUUUUUGAUCAAUUGAUUUCAUUAAGUAAAAUCGUGAACAUGCAUGAUAACUCCUGUACCCAUUUUCCUCUAGAUAUAGUACAAAUAUCCAUUAUCAGUGCAUGAGUUUCUUUGGUAAAUCUAACAGUCCUUUUGAUUGGGCUCUUGUGAGCUGAGAGAAACGGGAUCCUUCACACUCUCUUACCAUACACCACCACCUUACUCCAGCAGCAUGCCCCGCCACCCGAGACUGGCACUGCUUUCGCCUCACAGGCGGCGGAGGUCUAGUGGUCGCCUAAGUCCCCGCCCCCAACUUGUCAACCUGCACGUGUCCUUUCAGGUGUGUGGGCAGGGCUGUGGGCGCUCGCUGUACUGCGAGGGGGAGUCCCAGGCGGUGGAGGCUCUGGACCUGCCCACGCCAACGUACUUCCGCUCCCGCAGCCACAGCUACCUGCGGGCCAUCCAGGCCGGCUGCUCCCAGGAUGAGGACACUGCCUCAGUGGACUCUGAUUCACCACCACCCACCACCGUCGGCUGCACCUAUACCUCCAGAACCAGUGAGUAUACUGUACUGUUCAGGAUGGGGAUGGGCUGGGCACUGGGGAUUGGCUAG